GACUGUAUAAAAUCACGAUUUACGCGUUAAUUUCCAGCAUGGCGAUAAAUUGACCCGUUUUUCGCUCUCUCUCCCUACCCCUAGUGUUUUCCUCUCGGAGAAGUGCUCGCGCGCGGUUUCUUGUUCCGCGAGAGAGUCGCGGGCGAAAGAGAGGCGUCGCAGGCGCCGACGCCAGCUAUUGAUUCUCUUGGAUAUAUCCGUAGUUUCAAAAGUUACUAUCACACACACCAGUGGAGUGUCACCAGUGGCGAACCGCUCCUCAACCGCGGACAAGGUCUUCGCGCGUUUCCCCCUUUGGUUCCGGCAGGAUGAAGCGCUUAGAUCUUUUCGUUUAAUAGAAAUUUGACUUAAAAAAAGACUAAAACGAAAAGGGAGAAGAUAUGGCGAACACGGCUCAUCUCGUUCGCCGGCAAAGUUCCCGCGAUCUAAAGCCCCAGAAAAGUAUCGAUAAACUCGAGAUGAAAGAGAUGCGUGGUAGAUUAGUGGUGGAUAAUCGGAAGAACGUCGUUACUGCCAAUUACGGGGCCACUAAUGCGGCCUUCGAAGACACCAGUCCUAAUAAGAGUAAAAUAGGAAACGGUCCCGGCAACAAUGAUGGCAAGGCGACUUUUCGACCGGAAGCAGGCGAAGAUGAGCGUGAAAAUUGGGAUAGUAAGCUCACAUUUCUCCUGGCGACUGUAGGAUAUGCAGUGGGCCUUGGAAACGUAUGGCGAUUCCCUUAUCUAGCUCAGAAGAACGGCGGAGGCGCUUUUCUGAUCCCUUAUUUCGUGAUGCUGGCUAUCGAGGGUAUUCCUAUAUUUUAUCUGGAAUUGGCAAUCGGCCAGAGAUUGAGAAAAGGCGCUAUUGGAGUUUGGAAUCAGGUAUCCCCAUAUAUGGGCGGCAUCGGAAUUAGCAGUGCCGUAGUUUCCUUUAAUGUGGCUCUUUACUACAAUACAAUUAUCGCCUGGUGCCUAUUUUAUUUCGUUCAGAGUUUCCAAUCGCAACUACCUUGGGCAGAGUGUCCCAAUAGGUAUUUUCAAAAUGGAUCUUACGCACCUGAACCUGAGUGUUUGGUCAGCAGUCCUACGCAAUAUUUUUGGUAUCGAACCACCCUGAUGAUAUCUAAGGACAUCAAUACGCCGGAAGUGUUUAAUUGGAAAAUUGCUCUGGCGCUAAUUAUUGCUUGGAUUCUCGUUUACAUGUGCAUGAUUAAGGGUAUCGCGUCUUCAGGCAAAGUCGUAUAUGUAACCGCCACGUUUCCAUAUAUUGUCCUGAUUAUUUUCUUCUUCCGAGGCGUGACGUUGACGGGUAUGUCGGAUGGUCUGCGGCAUCUCUUCACGCCAAAAUGGUGGACGUUGACCGAUCCUGUAGUUUGGCUGGAGGCUGGAACGCAAAUCUUUUUCUCCUUAGGUCUAGCUUUCGGCGGUUUAAUAGCGUUCUCUUCGUACAACCCAGUGAAUAAUAACUGUUACCGUGACGCCAUCAUGGUCAGUCUGACGAAUUGCUUCACGUCUAUGUUCGCGGGAAUCGUCGUCUUUUCGAUCAUAGGAUUUAAGGCUACCAUGGUUUACGAACAAUGCUUAUCGGAAAAGAAUAACACGUUAAUAAGUAUAUUCGGUCAUGUCGAUAAAAUACCUGAAGACAUCCCGAUUGCCGGCACGCUGCUGAAUAUUACGGACGGAAAUGGAUCACUAGAUAAUUUGAUAAUGCCAGAACUGCCCGAAUGCGAUUUAGAGAAGGAGUUAGAUAACUCGGCGUCAGGUACAGGCUUGGCAUUCAUCAUCUUCACCGAAGCGAUCAAUCAGUUUCCUGGUGCUCAGUUCUGGUCUGUAUUGUUUUUCCUGAUGCUAUUCACCUUAGGAAUCGAUUCCCAAUUUGGUACUUUGGAAGGUGUUGUUACUAGCAUCGUCGAUAUGAAACUCUUCCCGAAUUUAAGAAAAGAGAUUUUAACAGGUGUUAUUUGUUUGGUAUGCUGUAUGAUCUCUAUGGCCUUUGCUCAUGGAGCUGGCAGUUACGUCUUCGUGCUAUUCGAUAGCUUCAGCGGCAAUUUUCCAUUGCUCAUAAUUGCAUUCUUCGAAUGUAUAGGAGUGUCCUAUGUCUACGGUUUGAAGAGAUUCGCUGACGAUAUUGAAUUGAUGACCGGCAAUCGUCCUGGCCUCUAUUGGUUAAUAUGUUGGAAGUAUCUUAGUCCAUUGGCGAUGUUGAGUAUUCUAAUUGCAUCUUUUGUCGAAAUAUUUUUCGAAGGAAGCGGUUAUCCAGCCUGGGUGGCGAGUAAAGGCAUUACGGAAAGACAGGAAUGGCCUGUUUGGGCUUUAGUGCUCAUUGCUAUUCUUAUUCUUACUUCCGUUUUAUGGAUACCCGCAGUUGCUAUUUGCAGAUAUUUUGGAAUUCUCAUCAUUGAUGACAACGAAAAGGCCUGGUUCCCCGCGGCAGACUUGAAAGAAUUCCACGGAAUUAUGCCGCAUGAAGUGACAGUGGCUGAGACAUUGCUAUUUUGCAUCAGGAGUGAUGGUUCCGAAGGAUUGUGCUGUCCUACGGGUGGUCCCAGUGACGAUGAAGAUGAAGAUCUCACCUAGGAUCAAUCUCAAUCGCGACGCGCGUUUCCGUGGAUAAUUUCGUCUCAAGAAACACUCUAUCUCAUUCUGUGACGACCAUUUUCGACUGCUGCUGUUGCUGUUUUGUCGAAAAUAGCUGCUGUCAAUCUGGUCGAUUUGUAGUCAGCGCAUCUGCGUGGUAGGAUUUUGUCUAUUGUGUCAAUUAACGUAAGCUUCGGCGAUAGAAGCCGUUUCUUCAUAAUUCGAAGACGGAGAUACAUUCAUAGAAGAUUAAUUUUAUUUCUUCUUUUUUUUUGAUCAUCUUUAAUAGUUGUUAACUAUUAAAUUCAAUUUUUUUUAUUAAAGAAAACUCUGAUUAAAGAUAUUUAGGAUUUUGGAUUUAACUAUUUAGUACCGAUGAAGUAUUCUCGAUAAAUACUUGUAUGUAUACAUGUUUAUUCGAGAACAUUUUUAAAUGUAUCUUCGCCUGAGAGAUAUAAUUUGUUUCCAAUUUUGAGUUUUUUAACUAUGUGAAAUGGUUUUCGAAGCUUUGCAAAUAUCAAAGCAUAUUAGUCAACAAUCUGCAUACAGUUUUUCGAACGAAUCGCGCGUCGCGUGGACGGUAAAGAAAAAUAAUCUUUUGCAGAAAAAAAUUGCCUAUUGUACAAGUUAACAAUGAAACAUUUACUCUUUAGCGAUUGCGAUUAACGUCAAAUUCAAUAAGAUUAGUGGUAGGAACCGUCCAGUGGACUUGGGUGGAUAUACCCAAAAUAUUGUUUUAGAUAGAUAGUCUUGGAUCAAAACAUUUGGAUCCUUGGAUCUAUGGAUAUUUGAAGAUUGAAGAUUUUGAAUAUCAAUGGAUCUAAAGACCUAAUAAUCCUAUAAAUAGUCAAAAAUCCAAGAAAGCAAAUAAAUAAAUAAAAAGAUGGGGACAUUCAGGUAUAUAAAAGCAUAAGACAAGCUCGAAUAAGGUUCUCAGAAAAUUCAAAUAUAUAAAUUUAAGAUAUAAAUAUUCGAAAGAAUACGAGAUUCUGCCAAAGAUCUAAGGAUCCAAGAAUCCACGAUUGAUUAUGUGGAUUGAUAACGUAACAACAAUGAACAUAAAGAGGAUAAAAUUUAUGACAAUAAUUGGACUAAAUCAUGCUUGACAAUAAUAUUAACAGUGCGUAGCAUGUGAUGCGCACUCGAGGAUGCCUGAAAAGCCGGAAGGCAAUUAAUUCGACCGAAAGAACUGGUUUCUUCGGACUAAGAGAUAUUAUCGUCCCAGCCAUAGGUUAAUCAACUAAUUAGUUUUACGUAGGUCAAUUAAGAUUCUGAUUUCCUGUUAUAUAUGUUUAAUUUCGACCUGGGCAGCGAUGUAAUUUUUUCGUUAAAGCGGUAACGUGAAAAUUUUUUUGUGUGUAUAUGUCAUA